AUGAAAAAAUCACAUAGGUUAGUAAACACUUUUGAAUAAGAUUUAAAUUAGUUAGAAACACCUCCUCAUAAAUCCAUGAUGACAAAUUAUGAAAUUUUAAUAAAAACGAAGAAUUAUUUAGAUAAAGUAUUUAAUUAAAAGCUAGAAAUAUGUUCAAUUCAUACUCAAACAAUAUAGGGAAUGAGUGUAACUGACAAAAAAUCAUUAGUGUUAGAUGAAUAGAGGAACUUGAGAUCAAGAACUAUAGAUCACUUUCCAUUAGAUUUCAAGAUUGACUCCUAAUUAAGAUCUGUUGGUGAAAAAAAAAUCAAAGUUAAAAAUUGUUCUCAAACUAAACUAAAUUAAGUAGAAACACAAGGCACUCAAAAAACUACAAGAAGAGAAAAAGGGAAUUUUAAAAAACCAAAGUUCAAAAAAUGA